CGCGGGGCGUGCGCGGGGCGGCAGCGACACCCCCCGGCCGGAACGGACCGGACCGGACCGGAACAAGUCCCGGCAGGAACGGGAGCCCGGCCCGACCGCCGUGCCCGCGCCCCUGCGACCCCCGAGCUCUGCAGCCGCCCCCUCGCCGCUCACGGCACCUCCGCCUCUCCUUCAGGGCAGCAGCCCGCCCUCCAUUUCUGCCUGGGAGCGGCUAACGUAAUGAUAGUGCGCUUAGGCGUCGGGAUUAAUAAACACACGGAGUUAAUUCUUCCAGCGGCAGUUGUUUGUUUAAAAUACCGAUUAGAAGUUGACAGUAAAACAGCUGGUCAAAUCUGAAUGUCGGCCGAUGAGUUUGAAAAGAUCCGGUUAGUUGUGAAGGGAAACUGCUCACAGAGAGCUGGCAUUAAAACAGCUGGAAAGGAUCUCAGUGGGUCAUCUGGUCCAUCCUCCCUGCUUAAUUAGGGUCGUCCUAGAGCACAUUGCACAGAACUGCAUCCAGAUAGUUUUCAGUAUCUCUAGAUGGAUUCCACAACCGCUCUGAGCAAUCUGUUCCAGUGCGUGGUCACCUGCACAAAGUAAAGAAGUUCUGCCUCGUGUUUAAAUGGAACUUCCUAUGCAUCAGUUUCCACCCAUUGCCUGGUGCCCUAGUGGUUGGCAGCACGGAGCAGAGCUUGGCACCUCCCCUUUAGAUAUUUAUACAUAUUAAUGAGGCUCCCUAUCAAUAAUCUCAAGGCUGCACGGGCUCAGCGCUCUCAGCCUUUCCUUGUAAGAGAGAUGCCCCAGCCCCUGAAUCAUCUCCACAGCCCUCUGCGGGACCCGCUCCAGGAUCUCCACGUCUCUCUCGCUGGGGAGCCCGGAACUGGACACAGCACUCACCAGGGCUGAGCAGAGGGGCAGGAUCACUUCCCUGGACCUGCUGGCAAUGCUCUUCCUAUCUAUCCCCGGGAUACCAUUGGCCUUCUAGGCCACCAGGGCACUGCUGGCUCAUGGAGAUCCUGCUCAGCAGGCCCCCAGAUCCUUCUCCACAGAGCCGCUCUCCAGCAGCUGAGCCUCAGCUUCUCCCGGUGCUCGGGGUUAUUCUUCCCCGGCUGUAGAACCAUUUCCACUGCUGAAUUUCAGGCUCUUCUCUGCCCAUCCCUCCAGCCUGCCGAGCUCUCUCUCAAGGGCCACACAACCCUCUGAAGUCUCGGCCCCUCCUCCUGGGUUUGUGCCACCUCUCAGAGCAGGCCCUCCGCCCCGCUACCAGCUCCCGCGGCCGGCGCUGUUGCGGAGCAACCCCGCGCGUCCGGGCCGGGACCGUGCGAUUUGGAUGGAGUCUCAGUAUCUGAAGCAAUGUCUGGGAAGUUGCUUGAAGAAAGGACUGGCAGAGGUUGUAGAGCGUCGGCCAGCAGAUCCAAUAGAGUAUCUUGCUCACUGGAUUUACAAUUACAGAAGAAAAUUAGAUGAAGAAGAAAAGAGAGCACUGGAGAGAGCUGAGCUGGAAAAAGAACGGGAGGCAGCUCUAGCAGAACUUGAAAGGUUAAAAAUCCUGGAAGAAGAGCAGAGGGAACUUGAAAAACAACGUCAGGCUCAGUUGAAGAAAGAACGUGAGGAGUUGGAAGCACAGAAUAAAGAAGCUGAAAUGCUGUUGCAGCAGGAAGAGGAAGAUGAAAAUGGAGUAGCUGAAGAUGGACCUGAGGAGCCAGAUGAGAGUGAACCAAUUCAAACAGAUCUCCCAGCAAUAAUAGAAGAAGAAAGUUAGAACUGCCCUGAAAGCAGUAAAUGGGUUUUCUACUCAUUACUUGCUGAUCCUGAAGUGUAGUAUCUUGAUUUAUGUAUUUUAUAAAUAGAACUGAUUUACAUACCUGUUUUUUCCAGUGUCUGUUUUUAAAGUGUUUGUAUAAAGUCAGUUUCUGAUGCUGAUUAUUCCUUUUUCUUCUUAAAUCAUUGUACCCAUCAUGGCUGACUUGCAGGAAUAAAACUGCAGCUGAAGUGAAAGCAGCAAAUAUAUUUUCCACUUAUUGCAUAUCAAAGUAACCAUAAUAAUUACAAAUAUAACUAAUAUGUCAAUAUAAUUUGAGGAUAGAUGCUGCAAUAUAUAAUUUGAAUCAAUAUUAAAAGAAUAAAUUAUUACUGAAAAUUAUUUUCCAAGAAUUUGAAUGGUUUCUGAUAGAAAAGGGGCAUGCUCUAGAGAUUAAAAGAUGGAGAGAGUAUUCUGGACAUUAAACUUAGUGCAAAAAUCCAAUCAGAUUUCCCAAAUGUAUUUGAAAGAGGUAAAUUUAACUCUGGCUUAGUAUGUACUAGAAGAUCUUGUCCCCUAGAAGUCAUGAAGGGGCUUUUGUAACAUGAGAUUUUUGUUCUAGGCUUUAUUAUUAGGUAAAUAUAUUUAUUAUUAGAACCUUUUCUGGGUAUUGUGUUGUACUAGGUAAGCUGCAAGUGUCUGCAUAUUAGUUUUGAUUAGUCAAGUUUUUAAGACUUUCCUGCAUCUUCCUUGAACUUCUAAAUCAAGAAACUAAAUCUGUGUUCUCUACUAAGUGCUAUUAUUAUUUCUCAAAACUUCACUUCUAAAAAUUUGGAAGAAUAUUUAGCUUGAUCCAUGGUUAUCUAUACAAAGAUGUUUUAUAAUCCUUGAAGAAUUUUUUACAAGAACAGAUGUCUGUAAUCACUGGUAUCUUGGUGCAAGUUGUCAAGAAUGUUCUGUGUAUCUUCAUUAUAAAUGGAAAACACAUCAGCAUUAAGAAAUCCUGUUCUCCAAUAAAAUGUGCCUUUGCAUCUCUGUCUUCUACUACAGGUUAGGUGGUCAUGUUCAAUAUUGUGUAAUGAAAGUACCUUUCACUACAAAAUCAGUGCAUAGUUAAUGCAUUCACUGCAUUCUUCAGUCUUGGGAUGAAAGAGAUUUUUCUCCUAAUUUCACUUCAAUUUUUUAAUAAUAUUGCUGAGUCUAAGGGGCUUGCUAUCCUUGGCAAACUGUUAAACAUAUCUAUACACCCAAAAAACAAGGGUCAAUCACAUAAUAAACAUUUUCCUGCUCUGAAUAAUGUGUUUUGAUCAUGUAGAUCAGACUAAGAAUAAUAUUACCAAAU